UAUAUUUAAUCAGUCCGUGCGGAAGUACGAGUGGAUAGACUACUUGUACUAAUUAAUAACGAACCUAUAAUGCCGACUAGUGAGCAAACAAAAAGGUGUGGAGGAGAAGAAACUGUGGAGCAUGCGGCGGCAGUGGACCUGCACCGCAGGCCUGGAGACGCACGACACGGGAGCCGAAAACUUGGAACGACCUAUGCCCAUGCUGCUGCGGCGGAAAGAUUUGCAUUGUUGCGACAGGCACCCGUGACCAUGACCAUGAGCCUGCUCCCUGCUAGUAUAUGUAGGCCUGUCCCUGUCUGCUUGUCUGUCUGUCCCCAUCGCGCACGACCUCUCCGCCACCGCCGCCGCGCACUCGGCCUCGGCCUCGGCCAGCUCCGCUACGCUCCACCACUCGCGUCGCGUGCCGCUUAUUCUUCCAUUCUCUCUUUCUCUCCCGUAUUUUGAUGCCGGCGACGGCGAGGCGGGCAUGUCGAUCGACGACUCGAGUUGAUGCCCCCACGUUCGUGCCUAAGCCUAACAUAAAUCAGCGGCAGCUCGCCGUGCUUCCCCUUGGCUGUUGGCCGUCUUCUUAUCCAUCUAUCGAGCCGCCGUCGAGCUCGCUCCAUGGAGCUGAUGCUGCUGCUGCUGCUUCUGUUCAGCUUCAGCCAGUUCCUGCCUCCCGCGUCCUGCUCCCCUCCUUCCAACUACAAACACCACUGCGACUGGUGCCCUCGCCACUCCACCGCCUCGCUCAUCUCCCCUCCGGCCGCCGCCGCCGACCUCCGCGGCGAGGGUGCCUGUGGGUACGCCGGGGCCGCCAUGGCUACGGAGAUCAAUGGCGGAUACGUCGCCGCCGCCGCGGGCGCCGAGUUCUUCCGCGACGGUGCCGGCUGCGGCGCCUGCUACCAGUUGCGGUGCAGCGACCGGCGGGUGUGCGGCGACGGCGGCGUCAAGGUCGUCGUCACGGACGCGGCCAACCGCACGGGGUUCCUGCUCGCCAGCAGGGAGGCCUUCGCCGCGAUGGCCAAGGACGGCAUGGCCGAUCAACUACAACUACUCGCCGGCGGCGGCUGGGACAACGUCGUCGUCCCGGUCGACUUCCGGAGGAUACCUUGCGAGUACAAGAGGAACCUGGCGGUACGGGUCGAGGAGGGCAGCCGGAACCCGGGCGAGCUCGCCGUCCGGUUCCUGUACCAGGGCGGGCAGACCGACAUCGCCGCCGUCGAGAUCGCGCAGCAGGCGUCGUCGUCGUCGUCUUGGCGGCCCAUGGUGCGGCUGCGUCGCGCGUGGCGCGCCGCGCGCGCUCCGGCCGGCCCGCUGCGGCUCCGCCUCAUCGUGACGGCCGGCUUCGGCGGCAAGUGGCUGCGGACCCAGGAGGCCGUGCUGCCGGCGGACUGGCGGCCCGGGCAGGCGUACGACACGGGGCUCCGGGUCACCGACGUCGCCGUGCGCACCUGCACCCGCUCCUGCGGCGCCGGCGACGAGGAGCUCAGAUAGCCAGAUGACAUACAUGCUAGGUGCGCUGCACUAGUGCAGUGAUGGAUGCAUGUUUGUGGCUUUGGAUGGAUGCACAAGAUUCAUUGUCA